UCACUUUUUUCUCAAAAUACAAAUAUUUCCCUCUUUCACUCUCACUACUACUCACUCUUCCAUUCCAAAAUCAAGAAGAAAUUACAGAUUCAAUCAAAACCUCAAAAACGCAACAACGACAAUAAGCAUGAACGACAUUCAAGUGUGGAACAACGCCGCGUUCGACGGCAACGAAGAAGACUCCUUCUUACCGAUGAAGACUUCUUGGUCUUCCUCCGAGUGCACCAAAGAAAACCUGAGCCCGCCCGCACCCGAUAAUUUAUCCUUCAAGAAAAGCACCACCGCCACAAAGAAAAACCCCAAGGGUUUCGGUUUCGGUUCCGAUGAUAACAAAAACAUCGACGACGAGAUCGAAGAGAUCGAGCUUGAGAUAAAGCGCCUUACCACGCGCCUCGACGCGCUCCGUCUCGAGAAGGCGAAGCGGGGGAAGCGCGUGGUGAUGGGCAGAGUCGUCCCCGCGAAGUUCAUGGAGCCGCGCCCAAGCGCCGUCGUUUCAAGAAAACCCGAAGAAACGCCGAAGACAAAAGUUAGGGUUAGUAGUAGUAGUAACAAUAAUAAUAAUGCGUGGCGGCGAGGGAUGAGUCUUGGACCGAAUGAGAUUGCGGCGGCGACGCCGGCCACCACCUUGCAGAGUCGCCGGAAAUCGUGCUUCUGGAAGAUUCCUGAGAUCGGCGAGGAAUCGAGGGCAAAAACCACCGUUGGGAGAGUGAAGAAGAAGGAGGGAAAUUCGGUGAUUCAGGUUCAGGGGAAGAGGCUAUUUGAGAAGGAGAAAGUGAAAUCGGUGUGUGAGAGUGGCAAGAAGGGGUUGUUGAAGCAGGGGAGGAUGGUGGCGAGUAGGUAUAAUAGUGAUGUGAGGAAGAGAUCGUUGCCGGAAGGAGGGACUGAGAUUAGGGUUAAGAAGAGGUGGGAGAUUCCAAAGAACGGCGAGGAAGAGGCGGAGGCCGUGGCGGUCGUGCUUCCAAAGAUUAAGAUGGUGAAGUGUUUGAAUGAGAGUCCCAGAGAUUCCGGUGCAGCAAAAAGAGUUGCUGAGUUGGGGGGGAGGAGGUCCUAUUUCAACACUGAUGAGAAAGAUGUUUGUCAGAUUCUGAAUUUUGCUGAAGAAGAAGAAGGGCAAUGAAGUAAAUCAUCAUGGUUUUAAAUUACAGUUGAGUUAUGAACUGUUGCAAGUAACUUAGUUGUGGUGGCUCACAAUAGGAUUGACAGACAAUUGAAAACCUUGGGGUUAAUGAGAUAUGGUAUGGUAAUGGUUUUGAUUUUUGUUUUUCAUUUUUAUUUUUUGUCUGGUGUAGAUGGAACUUCCUAAGUUCUGAUUGAUGAAUUUGAUUUUUGUGAGCUGAACCAUGAGGUGAGAGUACUGUUGUUGGUUUAGGCUUGCGUAUUGUAUGUUGCUAAAUAAUAAUGGAGUAAAAGUAAACAUGUGGUUCUUUCAAGUUGUAUUCUAUGUUAUCAAUUUUUUUGUUCUUUAA